UUUACACAGCGUUAGCCAAUCAGCGCCUACGACUGUCACUCUAGGCCCUCCCCCCCUUUGCCUGCCCUACUGUCCGGAUUGUACUUAAUGGGAAGCUAUAAAGCAGGCUGACAGGUCAUGAGUGAGAAAGAGAGAAUAGCAACGUUAGCAAAAGAACGAAAAAUCAAGACCGUGUAUCACCAAGGAGCAAUGAUACACAUGGAUUGGCAAGCCAAAAGUUUCAACAUACUGUUAGAGACUAUGGAGAAAAAAAAACAAUGGAAAAUCCCCAAGGGAAUCUUUUUCAAGAUGAGUCCUAACCAGUCCAAAGCCAAAGGAGUGAUGAAAAGCAAAUCUCACAGGCCAACUGUGGAUGACGUGCAUCAAUGGGCCCGGUCACUUGACAAGCUACUCGCUCAUAAAUAUGGUAAAGCCGUCUAUUGUGUUUUCCUGAAGUCCGAGUUCUGUGAAGAGAACAUAGAGUUUUGGACGGCCUGCGAGGAUUUCAAGACAAGCAAAUCAAAAUGGGAAAUGGCAUUCAAGGCAAAACACAUUGCUGAGGAGUUUGUCAAAAGUAAUGCACCCAAAGAGAUCAACCUGGACUACGCCACCAAGAAUGGCAUUCUGCAGAGCCUGGCAGAACCCAGCGGCAGCACUUUUGUGGCUGCUCAGAGGAAGGUGUACAGCCUGAUGGAAAAUAACUCCUACCCCCGCUUCCUCCUCUCUGACCUGUACCGAGACCUGCUGCUGGACGUCAAGACAGAGGGCAAGAGGAACUAGCUGGCUGCCUGCUGGGAGCCCCAGCUUUCCGCCGCUACCACUGGGACCUGAUGUUGGGGAGUUUGAUGUUCAAUUCCAGACACUGGCAUAACAGACUCUGAUGCAAAUCCAAGUUAGGAGCAACACACGAACCAGCGGAUGAUAAAAAAAUUACUAAGAAGCUACAUUGCAUGCUGGGAUGUUUUUGUCACCAGUGAAAGAAGUCACGGGUUAUGUUGCUGUUGUGCUAGCGUCAAUACGUCAUCGGCAUGAAAAUGGUAAAGACAGCAAUGUGAAGAUGUUUCUUGCCUACAUUGUGGAGGACACAAUUGCAAUGAUGCUCAAACUUUUGUUUGAAGCUUUUUGCAUGUAUUGUAGGUUUCUGAAUGAUGAAUGUUUGCGUAGAGACACUGUCCAUUCAUAUUUGAACGUUGUUACUUUUGCCUUUCGCUUCUGGCAAUGUCAAGGUUUCACAUUUUUAACUAUUGACAAAAGUCAACUAACUUAUUAUUUUAAUUGCCAGUUGUCACUUACAUGGGUGUCUGUGACCCCAUAUGCCUAUUUUAUACAAUAUUACUAAAAGUUUUAAUAGAUGUGACAUUGUGCCAGGGGGCAGCCGGGUUGCUCCAUGAAAGAUAUUAUUUUAUUUCCUCUGCGGUUAAACAGGAAUUUCUGCUCAAAUCAAUAGUUUUUUACAAAUCAA